GGAAGCACAAAAACCUAAACGCUUUCCCCUAUAUUGCUUCUUUCUCUGCUUUCAUUUUUCCUCUCAUGGCCAAAAUGGAAUCAAUCUUCUCCUCUCUGGCCAUCACCAUAUCUUACUGAAGCUAUCUUCUGAUUCUGCAUCUUCUUCUUUUUCUUUUUCUUUUAGUUUAUAUUUUCCAUUCUUCUCUUAAUCAACCGAGAGAGAAAAUGGCUCAAUCCUGCGUUAAAAUCGCUCGAAGCAACAAUCUCAGGAACAUAGUGAACCGUAGGGUAUUGAUUCUCCGUCGCUUCACGCGCCUUCUCUUGAACAGAAUCGUCCCUUGCUCUCACGGCAAAUCACAGAGUUAUCUCCUGUUGUCACGGGCAGCCACUCCAUCUCCGAGUGUCUCUCGUCCUCUGCCUCCUCCCAUUCUCCCCGUGGACGGUGAGUUAGUACGCCGCACAUCGAUAGAUAACAGCCAACGGAGAUCGGAUUCUGAUGUGGUUUCUCUGAAAAUUAGUCUCUUAGGAGAUCCAGAGAUCGGAAAAACUUGCUUCAUGGCUAAAUAUGCUGGUGAAGAGAAACAAGUUGAGAUAAGAGAGUUGGAGAAAGGGAUCCAUUGUACGGACAAGACGUUAUCCAUGGGAGGAGCUCGCAUUUCCUACAGUAUCUGGGAAUUACAAGGAGCUGAGAAAUCACAUGAUCUAAUCCCCACGGCUUGCAAGGACUCUGUAGCCAUUCUCUUCAUGUUCGAUCUCACCAGUCGUUGCACACUUAACAAUGUGAUUAGCUGGUAUCAACAAGCUAGAAAGUUUAAUCAGACGGCGAUUCCAGUUAUGGUAGGAACAAAGUUUGAUGAGUUUAUUCAGCUUCCUAUUGAUCUUCAAUGGACUAUUGCUAGCCAGGCGAGAACCUACGCGAAGGCGUUAAACGCCACGCUCUUCUUCUCGAGUGCUUCAUACAACAUAAACGUAAAUAAGAUUUUCAAGUUUGUGACGGCGAAGCUCUUCGACUUACCAUGGACUUUGGAGCGAAAUCUCACCAUCGGAGAACCAAUCAUCGACUACUAG